AUGUUCUUUGGCGACACAGAGAAGAAAUAUCAAAGAAAGGAUCGUAUACCACGUACAGUUGAAAUUAUACACGAAUUAGAAAGGGGUGAUGCAUCACACGCUGACCUUUUAGCCAAGAAAUGGUUAAGUUUCGGUGAAUUAGCAGAGUUGGAGAAAUCAAUUGGUCUCAAAUACAAGAAAGGAAGGUUUAGCUUAACGGAAGACAAAGCUAUUGAGGAUUUCCUCAAUAGAUAUAAGAGCACCCAAGAUUGGAAUGACGAUCAGCUUAGGGAGAUGAUAUUCGACAAGAAGAAAAACAAAGACAAAUUUUGGUCUGAAUUGACCGAGCAACUUCCACAAAGGCCAUUGAUGGCUGUUUAUUCUCAUGUUCAUAGAAUUUGGCACCCUAUGUCCAACAAAGGCCGUUGGACUACCCAGGAGGACAAAGUACUAGAAGAAGCAUAUAGAGAUCACCCUCGUCAGUGGUCAAAGAUUAGUGAAUAUGUACAAAGGACACCGCGUGACUGUAUCGACAGAUAUCGCACGAUAUUUACCUGCAGAGAUAGGAAAGUAGGCAAAUGGUCAGAAGAUGAAGUAGCAAAGUUCAUUUCAAUUGUCAAACCAAUGAUGAAUGAACGCGACUAUCAAACAAGAGAUGGUUCAGAUCCAUUCUGGUCAAUAGUCCAGGAGAAAAUGAACAAUAAACGCUCAGCUCAUCAAUGUAGAGUGAAAUGGGAAGAAGAUGUCUCUACUAUAGUGAAUCAACGUAAAGAUUCAACGUUCAAGAUGUCAGAUUAUGGCGAAUUGAUAAGGCGGAUAAUGUCGCUGAAGAUAAAUGAUGAAUCCGAGAUAAGCUGGAGAUCACUUAGUCAAAAUGACUACAAAGACGAGUGGUCUGCUCGCACCCUUAGAAGCAAAUGGAGAUAUAUUCAGAAGACAAGCAGCCCAGAUUGGAAGACACUGCCAUAUACCGAACUUCUGAAAGCUAUUAAAAGGGUUUACGGCGAUAUAAUAGAUGGCUCUAUAGACAGUACCAAGGCAGAUAACGAAGCGGUCGGGGACGACGAGCAUGACGAUAGCGAUAGCGAUAGUGAAAUUAAUUAA